AUUGUCAUUCAGCAUUUGCUUUAGUGUGGUGAAGAUGUGUGGUAAAAUUAUUUUUGGGGUUUUUGCCAUUUUGGCAGUGGCAAAUGCUGGACCAGCUGCCAAAGUUGAAGGUUCUUUAUGGGAUAAUUUAUUAGAAGCAAGCAAUGGUGUUCACGAAAAAAGUACAGGAAGUGACAUUUCUUUGGAAGAAACUGUUAAAAACUACAUCAAAUCCAAUGAUGUAACGGUCAAUCUACCAGUCAUUGGAUCUGUAACAUUGGGUUCUCAAAACAUCGACAAUGAUGAACUAAAUCUUAAGCUGAACUUUGGUGGUGAAGUACAAGCACGCAAGAAGAGCAAACUCAAGAAAAUUUUCAUCCCAAUCUUGGUCUUCAUCCUCCUCAAAGCAAUGACCCUUAUCCCCUUAGCUCUUGGAGUCUUAGCAAUCAAAUCCUGGAACGCCAUUCAACUUUCCUUCGUAUCCUUCGUAGCUGCUCUAGGUAUGGCCGUGUGGAAAAUCUGCGGAAAAAUCAGCCAUGACAAUCAUCAUCCCCAGAUAAUCCACGAACACCCCGCUUGGCAUGAUGUUCAUCACGACCACCUUGCUAGGUCUGAUAAUGUUGAUGCUCAACAGUUGGCUUACAAGGGUUAUGCUGACGGUCAAUAGGUUUUAUGGUUGAUGUGAUAUUUAUUUAAUUUAUUGAUUUGGUUGAUAAAAA